CAGGCACCGGCCUGCACCACAAAGGCAAGUCUCGGCUGGCGCAAAGAUGAGGUCGAGCUUUGUGGCAGCUUGUGCCAUUUCCUUAGUGCUAGUGUGCUCGGCUGCUACUACGCCUCGAGCAUUAGCUGCAGUCUAUGGAGAUGGCGGAGGGCUCUUGUCUAUCCCUUCUAAUGAUUCCCUCGCUCACUGCCCCUCUAGCUGCGGGGAUGUUGACGACAUCGCCUAUCCCUUUGGGAUUGGGCCGGGCUGCUUCCGGGAAGGCUUCGAGCUUAAGUGCAACACCAGCACCAAAACUCCUAAGCUCUAUAUGAAAGAUGGCACCACCCAGAUCUUAUAUGUAGGUGACGAUGAUCUUUGGGCACCCAUGCACUUCAACAUUACAAUGAAGCCAGGUACUGAUACCUACAACAUAUCCUGGGUGUCUCCCAGGAAGGGAGUUACUAUUUCUCAGCGUAACACCUUCUACAUUAUUGGUUGUAAUAUUGAUGUCACCUUGUUCGAGUAUGGUACGAGAGACGCUGUUGGUUACUGCGUGAGUAGAUGCGAUGGUGAAAAGGUACCAACAGAAGGGCCUUGUAACGGGAAAGGAUGUUGCUCCAUCAAGUUAUCAAGGGAUCUGCGGGGAUUUCGGUCAACACUAGUCCAAGUUGAUGCUACUGCAGCACAAUCAUAUCAGCUGCAGCUGCGCCAUGGUGUUAUGGCUUUUAUGUCAUACAAUGACUAUUAUGUAGAUAAUGCGACUGAUCUUUUCUUGAGUUGGACGAACACAAGCAAUAUCCAGGAAGCAUUAGUUCAGUUUGCAAUCAUGGACCAACCAAGUUGUGAAAUUGCUCGAAUGAAAAAUACGAGUUAUGCUUGUAGCACCGGCAGCAACUGCCUAAAUAUGUCAUCUGGAGGUUACACCUGUGAGUGCGCCAAUUAUGAUCUUUAUUAUUAUUAUGCAGAACAAAGUCCUUACCUUUUGGAAGGAUGCAUCAUCCGAGAUUACAACCCCAAGCGGAAAGAACACUGUCGGAGAUCAUGCGGAAACAUGGCAAUUCCCUUCCCUUUUGGUCUUGAAGAAGGUUGUUUCGCAAGUGAAAGGUUCCAACUUAAUUGUACAACAGGUAACAUCACACUUUUCAACCCACGGGACGCACGUUAUAAUGUGACUGAUGUGUCAAUUGAAGAGGGGACAAUGGUGGUUAGCAACUUGUUGAACGACACAGAAUAUGGGGGAGAGGACAUAAUAUCCCAGGUGUAUGGUGGUGCAGAAAUAAAGUGGGCAGUAGCCAAUUUAACGUGUGAUGCCGCAGUAAAAAAAGAUGCUACAUAUGCAUGCCGCAGUAUCCACAGCAAUUGCCUAAACGUCACCCAUGGGAACAUAUUCAUGGGAUAUCGUUGCAAGUGCCUUCCCGGUUUUCGAGGGAAUCCAUAUAUCCAAGAUGGAUGUGAAGAUAUUGAUGAAUGCUUACUGCCAAACUAUUGCAACGGGACAUGUCAAAAUCUUCCUGGAAAUUUUACAUGCACUAGUUGCCCCCGCAGAAAGGAGUUUAAUCCAAUUACAAGACAGUGUGUUGCAUCAGCUAAGCAACACAAUCUUAUUAUAGGUAUUACAACUGGUAUUAGUUGUGGCAUUGGUUCCAUAAUUAUUGCAUUAGGUGCGAUUAUUCUAGCCAAUAAGUGGAAGAAAAGCAUCCAAAAGAGAAUUAGAAGAGCAUACUUCAAGAAAAAUCAGGGCCUACUCUUGGAACAACUAAUCUCAGAUGAAAGCGCCACUAAUAAAACAAGGAUAUUUUCCUUGGAGGAACUAGAAGAGGCAACCAACAACUUUGAUGCUACUCGUGUUCUUGGUCGUGGAGGACAUGGCACAGUUUAUAAAGGGAUUCUAUCUGACCAGAGUGUGGUGGCCAUUAAAAAAUCAAAAAUUGUGGAACAAACUGAGAUAGAUCAGUUUAUCAAUGAGGUUGCUAUUUUAUCUCAAAUUAUCCAUCGCAAUGUGGUGAAGCUUUUUGGUUGCUGUCUCGAAUCUGAGGUGCCCUUACUGGUAUAUGAGUUCAUACCAAAUGGUACAUUGCACGAUCGUCUUCAUACUGAUGUUAGUGUUAAAUCCUCAUUGUCAUGGGAUGAUCGAAUUAGGAUUGCUUCAGAAGCAGCAGGGGCACUUGCUUAUCUGCAUUCGGCUGCUGCAAUACCUAUUUUCCAUCGAGAUGUGAAAUCUUCCAAUAUACUCUUGGAUGGCAACUUUACUACAAAGGUCUCUGACUUUGGUGCUUCAAGAUCUGUUUCACUCGAUGAGACUCAUGUGGUGACUAUUGUCCAAGGUACAUUUGGUUAUUUAGACCCAGAGUAUUAUCACACUGGACAACUAACUGAAAAGAGUGAUGUAUAUAGUUUUGGAGUGAUUCUGGUGGAACUUUUGACAAGAAAGAAACCGAUUUUCAUCAAUGAUGUAGGCACAAAACAAAGUUUGUCUCAUUAUUUCGUUGACAGACUCCGUGAGGGAUCUCUUAUCGAAAUAAUAGAUUCUCACGUUCUUGAAGAGGCUCACAGGGAAGACAUUGAUGAUAUUGCCUCACUUACAGAGGCAUGUUUAAAACUCAGAGGAGGAGAUAGACCUACUAUGAAAGAAGUAGAGAUGAGGCUGCAAUUCCUGAGAACUAAGAGGCUAAGAAAAUUCCAAUUUCUCCCCGUCCCAGGAAUUGGUGGAGAGAUUCAGCACCUUUUAAGCCCAGAUACUGGUAAAUCCCAAGCACAGAACAACUAUACCAGUGCAGGUGAUUUAUCAUAUGAAGGGAUCUCCAGUUGCUACAGUUUGGAGCAAGAAUUAUCAUCCUCAGUCAGUUUGCCACGCUAGCUAUAUAUGUAACAUGGAGUGUUGAGUUAUCACAUAUUUUCUACGAAGUGUUAUGUUACGUAGUUCAGUCCAGAGAAGAGUUUUUGCAUGUUUCACUUCCUGUAUACUUGCAGCAUGUAUGUGUAGCCCAUGUGAGUUGAUAGAAUGACAGUUGUAUUCUACUAUAAUUAUUUGUGAUCAAUAUCCUUGUAAGGAAUGACAUGGUAUUGUAAUAUUGUAUUUAAGCUACGGUGGCAAAGUGAACAAGUUCAGUAAUAAUUUUAUUACUCCA